GUCCCUUUCUUCGGGAAGCGCCAGCACCACACCUGCCCGUGUUUGCCCAACUUCAUAUGUUCCAAGUUCCUCAACGGCCGCUACCACUGCUCUGUCAACUUCAAGAACAUUGAUUUUUUGGGGUGA